ACGUACAAGGGAGAGAGAGAGAGAGAGAGAGGAUGACGAGGGGGAAGCAGAAGAUCGAGGCGCAGAGGCGGAACGCCGAGAGGAACCAGAAGCCGAAGGGUUCCCAGUUGGAGGCGAGAGCUGUCGCCCUCAAGUGUAGCUGCCCUAUCUGCAAGAUUGGAGAGAUGAGAUAAUCAUGAAUAGAUUUUAUGUUCAUGAUGGAGGUCUAAUCAGGCUUGUCCCUUUCUUGAGCUUGCUUUCCAAAAGAACUUGUUCAUCAUGGCAGUUAAAUGUUAUAUUUCGAGGUUUUUCCAGUCAAAAUUGGGAUAUAUACAGGUGGAACUCAACCAUUACAAGUUGCUUUGAGCACGGGGAUCUGGAAUUUGCAAGACAAACUUUCGAUGGAAUGCCUGAACGAAAUUUGGUAACUUGGAACUGCAUGAUAUCAGGGUAUGUGUCAAAUCGCAAAAUUUUUGAGGCACAUAAAAUAUUUGACUCUAUGCCUAGGAAGAAUGUUAUAUCUUGGACAGCAUUGAUAAAUGGUUAUGCAAGGUGUGGCAAGCUGUCAGAAGCUCAUGCAUUGUUUGAUCAAAUGCCUGAAAAGAAUGUCAUUUGUUGGAACACCAUGAUAUCUGGUUACAUUAACAAUCGAAGGCUGAAAGAAGCACACAUUCUUUUUGAUAAUAUGCCUAAAAGAAAUUCUGUAUCAUGGGCAAUCAUAAUUGGAGGUUAUCUGAGGCAUGAGAAUGUUGUUGAAGCAAGGAACUUGUUUCUUUUGGCACCACAGACUGUUUCUCUUGCCAACUUGAUGCUGUCUGGGUAUGUCAAAUUCGGUUAUUUUGAGGAUGCUUGUGAACUAUUCGAUAGCAUGCCUCAGAAGGACAUAGCUUCAUGGACUAUCAUGAUAACUUGUUACUCAAAGUGUGGGAAAAUGGAAAAGGCGAGACACAUCUUUGAACUGACGCCUAAUAAGGACAUAGCAGCUUGGACUGCUAUCAUUCGAUGUUAUCUACAAAAUGGAGACAUUCAAACUGCAGAGAAAUUGUUUGUAAUGAUGCCUCAAAAAGAUGUUAUGGCCUGUAAUUCGAUGAUUAGUGGUUACAUUGAGAAUGGCAUGCUUGAUGAUGCUUUAAAAUUGUUUGUGCAGAUGCAUAAACGAGAUACUGUGUCAUGGAAUUGUAUUUUACAAGGCUAUGUAAUGAAAGGUGAUAUGGCUAAUGCAUGUAAUUGGUUUGAAGUGAUGCCUCAAAGAGAUACAAUUUCAUGGAACACAAUGAUUUCUGGUUAUCAAAGUUGGGAAUCACUUUCUCUGUUCUCCAGGAUGAUUGUUGAUGGAUAUCAGCCUGAUCAAGGCACUUUUACAGUUGUCCUCUCAGUUUGUGCUGCUCUUGCUGCUUUAGGAUGGGGGAGAAUGGUCCACCUUCGCACAAUCAAAUCUUCUUAUGAACAUGAUACUUUGGUUUUGAGUUCACUACUUACCAUGUAUUCAAGAUGUGGUAUUCUGUGUGAUGCUGCAUUAGUUUUUGACCGGAUGUUGAAGAGAGAUUUAGUUGCAUGGAAUGCUAUGAUUGCAGCAUAUGCUUAUCAUGGGUUUGCAUCAGAAGCAUUUAAGAUGUUCCUUGGUAUGAGGCAACAUGACAUUAUUCCAGAUCACGUGACCUUUCUUGCUCUCUUAUCUGCAUCUGUUCAUGGUGGUUUGGUAGAUCAAGGGAAAAGAUGUUUCAAUUCCAUGUGUAACGAUUGGAAAUUGAUGCCUGGGCCAGAACAUUAUGCCUGUAUGGUUGACCUUCUUGGUCGAUCUGGUCACCUCAAUGAGGCUGUGAAAUUUAUAAGGGAAAUUCCUGAUGAUCUUUUAACCAGUGAAUGGGAAACCCUGCUUAGUGCAUGUAGAAUUCACGGGAAUCUGAAUUUGGGAGAAAUCGCUUCCAAAGAAGUCAUGAAUUUGCAGCCUACAGAUGGAGGAGUACAUGUACUGGUUUCAAAUAUGUAUGCAGCAAGAGGAAUGUGGAGAGAUGCUGCAAGCAUUAGAACCCUAAUGAGGAAACAGGGAGCAAAGAAGGAGCCAGGUUGCAGUUGGAUUGAGAUAAAUGCAAAAGCAAAUGUGUUUUUUUAUGAUGACAGAUCUCAUGCACAGAUUGAACGCAUACAUGAACUGCUUGGAUCCUUGGCAGCUGUAAUGGAAGAUGUUGGUUGUUUAGUUCAAACAAUGGCUUGACAUUUUGUCAAAUGUAUGUGGCCAUGUUUCCAAAUCUGAUGCAUGUCAGCCCUCACCUUUUGAGGUUACAUGCUGCUCGCUGAGGAUGCUGAAAGCAUCUGCAGUUCUCGCUAAUGUUUGAAUUUUGUUGUUGGACAUAUUGUGAUUAUUGACCACAAAGUGGUGGCAUUUAUUGGGCUUCUUGCAUCUAUUUCAAAGUUGUUAGACUGGGAACAAAAUCAUUGAGCAAUAUAGAAUUGAAAUCUGGAAAUGUACAUUCUGAAAAUUUUAGAAGCAGGAAACAGCAAGUAUGGCAUGCUGGUAGUCAAUUGGGGAUUGAACCACAGAUGACAUAGAAGGUGGGCUGGAAUUGGUAGGCAAAUUAAAAGGGAAGAAUCAAGGAAGAAGCUAAGCAGAUUGAAUUGGAGGCAAAUAUGUAUUCAUAUUUUUCAACUGAAAAAAAGAAAAACUUCUGUUUUAAAGGUUCUCAUUGUGUUCUAUCAAGUGUAGAAAUGGAUCAAAAUAUGCACCUCCUCACUUCACUAAGCAUGAUAAUGCGAUAUGUAUUCAAUCAGAGCUGCAAUGAGGAUUGUAGGUUCGUUCUUUUUUAGAUAUUUGUUGUCAAAUGUUCUGGUCCUUCUGGAUCAUGGAUCUGCUUGGUCACUUUGCUAAAAGUUCUGAUGGGGGAACUAUGUUAACAAAACAUGGUCUUAUGCCACUCAUUACUAUAAAUUAAUAGUCAAAUAAUUUUGUUGCCCAUCUCGUUUUUUUCCCUUGUUCUGUGAAAGCAUCUGGUAAUGUGUGAGCAACUUUUUUUAUAUGGAUUUGAUGGGUUACAUGCACAGAUUGCAGAGUUGAUGAGGAAAUAGAAUUAGGCAGCUUAGUUUAAGAUUCAUCGUUUUUGUCCUCUGUACUAUUUUCUUUCAAAUGCAAAGGCAUGAACACUCUCCAUCAUAUAAAGAUAUGCUUCUGUCAAGGUGCUUAGAUUCACCAUAGGACACCUUGAAUAAAGUAAGUUUGCAGACCAAGUAAUUGUUGUUUAUGCAAAAUGCCUUUGGCUAGUUGAUUUCAAUAUCCUCCACAUUGUCCAAAAAGUUUUAUCUUCAUUAUGAACAUGCAUGAGCAAUAAUGCUUUGUGAU